AUGGCAAUGUUCGAUCUCGAUCGGCUCAUUACCGACCUCUUCAAGACGACCGUCCUGCCCGGGAUAGCGAUCGGGCUGUGGUUGACCGAUUUAAUCGGUAAGCUGACGUGUACGGUAGUGCUGAUACUGUUUGCCAUCGUGUUCGUCAUACUACCGAUCAUCUUUAAGUUCUCGGUCACCGUACAAAAACACAUCCUGUUCCUCACGUUCAUAACCUAUCCGCCGAACCUGGACCUAAAGCGGCCGGAAAAGAGUGGCCUGUACGCGACGAGAAACUUCUACAUCAAUUACCGCGAUCAGGAGGAGGAGAUCGAUGUGAACAUUGCCGUUUGGCACGUGCUGCCGAACGAUUUGGUGCGCCGCUACGCGAAGGAACUGCACGUUGAUGAGAGAAAGUUAUCGAACAAAACACUCCCAACGAUAGAUGGCAGCACUAGCAAUGGAGGAAGCAUAUCGCACGACUCGACGGACUCCGUUGGCGAUGGAUCGGAUCGCUACAGCCGGUUGGAAAAAGUGCUCGGAACAGAUCAUUUCAAGCUAACGGAUGAAGCACACCAACGGGAACUGUUUGAAGAGGCUCUACGGGCAACGACGAAUGAUGUUGUACUGUACCUGCACGGCAAUACGGCAUCCCGCGGUGCACCGCAUCGGGUCGAGCUGUACCAGACGCUGCGGGCCCUCAACUAUCACGUGAUAGCGAUGGAUUACCGUGGGUACGGUGAUUCGGCCGAUGUGUCACCAACGGAACGUGGCGUCGUGUACGAUGCGCUCGCCGUCUAUCAAUACAUUACUAGCAUUACCAAGAACCCGGUCUAUCUGUGGGGCCAUUCGCUUGGUACGGGCGUUUCCACCCAUCUGCUGUCGCUGUUAACCGAGAUGAGUCUUCCCGGCCCGCGAGCACUUGUACUGGAAAGUCCUUUCAAUAACAUUAAGGAGGAGAUAUGUGCCCAUCCAUUUUCGAAGCUGUACCGCCAUCUACCUUGGUUUGACUUCUUGAUCUCAAGACCUAUGUACAAUAAUAAGCUGCGCUUCGAGUCCGAUCAGCAUAUAGCCGAGUUCCGUCAGCCGGUGCUGAUACUGCACGCGGAAGAUGAUCUUGUUGUCCCAUUCGAGUUAGGAUAUAAGCUUUACCGCAGAGCGCUAGAUACGCGGGGCAAAUCGUGGGGACCGAUCGAGUUCCAUCGAUUCGAGAAGAGCAGUCACUACGGACAUAAAUAUAUCUGCCGGGCACCGAACCUGCCAGAGAUUGUCGUACGCUUUUUCCAAGCCUACCGUAAUGAGCAGUACUAA